UUUAUUUAACUUUAAUAUCUCCUUCAGUAAGCAUCAAUUUAAAAUCUGCGCUCAAACUGUUCUUGCAACUCACAGCAAAAUGUUUCGUAACUUUUCCAAUAUUUUGCUAUUUUUUAUAUUGAUUUUUCAAAUCCGUUACUGUUUAAGUGAUAAUACUGAACAAAAUGCAACGGACGCUUGCACUUGUGAUGUGGAAAUAGAUGUUGUGCUGAAAUUCAUGGACGACUUGGAAGUUGUACAAAAGAGUGGAACCAAAUUGGAGAGUAAAAUGUCGAACAUCGAAAAGCUAUUAAUAGCAAAUCGUGUACCAAAAUUAUCGAGUUGCGCAGAAGCGGCAGGUAACAGCAAGAAGAAUGGUAUAUACCAUAUUCAGUUACAAAAACUCGAUAUCGAUGACUUGAAAGUGUUUUGUGUAGAAGACGUGGAUUUCGGUGGGUGGUUAGUUAUACAGCGGCGUCAAAGUGACUUAGUAGAUUUUUAUAGAAAUUGGACGGACUAUAAGGAGGGAUUCGGCGACCUAACGGGUAACUAUUGGAUCGGUUUGGAGAAACUACAUGCGCUCACUAGCGACUGCGAACAGGAGUUAUAUAUUCAAUUGAGAAGACAUAAUGGCAAGGAAUACUAUGCAAAAUAUACACAGUUUGUUAUUGCUGAGGAGUCAGAGAGCUACGCUUUGAAGAAAUUGGGUAAUUAUAGAGGCAAUAAUGGGGAUGCCUUCGGCAGACAUGUGGGAAUGAAAUUUUCCACUUAUGAUCGUGAUAAUGAUAUAGAUAUACGGAAUUGUGCAGAGGAAUUUAAAGGCGGUUGGUGGUUUUUAAAUUGCUAUAACUACUACCUAAAUGGACCCUAUGGUAAUGCUAAAUACGGUGUGUAUUGGGUUGCACCAAAAACAUAUGCAUCAUUAGCAUUUGCCCAAAUGAUGAUACGACCAACUCGAAAUUGUAUGAGACAAUUGAUGUUGCGCAAUUUAAAUGGAAGAGCCUAAAAAUGUAUUGGAAUUGAACCGCUUGGGUGCUGUAGUUAAACUAUUUUACUCUUUUUUAUUAAAGUGUGGAUAUUAAUUUACAAAUAUACUCAGAUGUGUGUCUAUAAUUGUCAAUUUGUACUUGCUUGUGUCUCCAAAAAUGUGUAAUUGAACAUAU